AGCGUUGGAGGCUGAGCCCUUUGGCCCAACAGCCUGCUCUGAAGUGUCAAUACUCCACCAGGACACCGGCUUGUGGGGUCAGCAUGGUUUCCAGGCAGUGCGUGGCUUUGCUGCUCUGCUUCCCGCUGCUGGUUCCUCCUUCUCUGGAAGCAGACCCCAACCAGUGUGACUCCAGCCCCUGUCAGAACGGAGGGAGCUGCGAUGACCAGUUUCAGGAUUACGUCUGCCGCUGUCCUCCGGAGUACGAGGGCAAAAGCUGUGAAACAGCUGUGGCCGAGGACCUGAAGUGCAUUUACGACAACGGCGGCUGUGAGCAGUACUGUGCUGACGAGCAGUCUGAAAAACGAGUGUGCUUCUGUGCAGAGGGCUACGCUUUAGCGAGUGAUGGAGUGUCCUGCAUUCCCCAAGUGAAAUACCCUUGUGGAACGAUACCAGUGCUGGCAAAAAAGAAUACAACUGCUCAGGGGAGAAUAGUAGGUGGUGUCACCUGUCCUCCGGGUGAAUGUCCAUGGCAAGCCCUUAUAAUACAGGAUCAGAAAGGGAAAUGUGGGGGUAGUCUGCUCUCACCAGAGUGGGUGGUGACUGCAGCUCAUUGCCUGGACUACGCUCAUUCCAAACAGCUCCGGGUGAGGCUGGGUGAAUACUCAGUAAAAGUUGCUGAGAAAACUGAGCAAGAAAGUGGAGUUAGCAAGAUCAUCAGGCACGAAGAAUACACCAUUGGACAAGUCAAUCAUGACAUUGCCCUCCUGAAGCUGGAAACACCCGUGAAUCUCACCGAUUUCGUUGUGCCAAUAUGUUUGCCUGAAAAACGGUUUGCAGUGUACGAGCUGUCCUCCAUUAAGUUCUCAAUGGUGAGCGGAUGGGGACGGCUACUAGAUGGAGGGGCUACUUCUACUUUUCUGAUGCGAGUUCAUUUGCCCCGUGUAAAGACACAAGAAUGUGAAAAGCAGGCUAAUUUGAACAUCACCGAGAAUAUGUUCUGUGCAGGAGACCUGAGCGGUAAAAAAGACUCCUGCAAGGGAGACAGUGGUGGACCUCACGCUACAAAGUACAAGAACACCUGGUUUCUGACUGGGAUUGUCAGCUGGGGAAAGGGUUGUGCUGUUGAAGGCAGCUACGGGGUGUACACAAGGGUAUCCAGAUACAUCAACUGGUUGAAGAGGCACAUGGAAUGACAGCAGUGAACCAGAGCGUUUCCUUUCCUUCCAUCCCUCUGUGGCAUUUUUGUACUGAAGCGUUCCUCCAUUAACUUAGACACGUGGUAAAUGUGAUAUUGUUCACCAUUUUAAAUGAGCCUAACGCCUGCCUGAAUACAUAAAAUAACUUUGAUAUUGUAAACUUGAAUGUCAUGUCAAGAGGCCACAGAAAGGCCCUAUCAAACCAGACUCAGAGUCCCUUUCAUUCUUCACCCAUUUUCUGGUAACAGAAAAGCUUGGUGCUGAGAAACACUGUCAGUAACAUGUUGAGUACACCACGAUCCCUCCUUGUGCUGCCAUCGUGGCUGCUGGUAAUCAAUGAUGUACAGACUUCCUGAGCAAGAAGUUGCAUGAGUCUGAAUGGUCAUGAAUGAACCCAUUUGCCAUACAUGUGUGCAAUCUCCUUUAAACACGUUUACACUUUGGGCUUUCACAACUUCCUGUGCUGAUAGGUCCUGCAAUAUGAUGAAGCAACAGCAGAAGAGAAAUAGUGUUUCUUUUAGCUUAUGGUGAAGAAACUCUCUCUUGCAGUCCCAACAGGUGGAUUUGAGAAGGAGGAAUUGUAGAGCAUCCUCAGGACAAGAAAGCUGGGAAAAGAUUAAUUCCACAUUUAUGGGUCUGUUAUGAAAACUUGAUUUUAGUCUUCUUGCACUAAAUAUUAUUGCAGUAAGGCUAUUAACAAUACAUUUAUGAGUGAUGAAGAAUACCACAGAGCUAAUCUUAAAUCUGCCUUUCCAUAAAAUUUGGAUUCUUUCAAA